AUCACCGUGAUCCUGGUGGGCAUUUCCCAGAGUAAGUACCGGCAGGUUCUUUCUGAGUAGCGCCGCUUCGGACUCCAGUCACCAACUCAGCCAUGGGCCAUUCCACCCUCCCCCUGACUUAUAGCUUUUCAGUCGAGAAGGCCUCGCAUCCCGUAGUUGGCUUCGUCGAGGGAAAACCAUUCAGGAAGUUCAGAGCUUGGCAUGAAAGGUACCGAGUGUCUGAGUUGAUGUCUUUCAUUAUGUGUAUCAUCAUGCGCACUAACUGAAGCCUCUUGCGUCUUUGGCUACUAUUGUCUUGUCAUACACACUUCUGUGCCCUACAGAAAGGUGCGCUCAUAUGCAUUUUGAGUCGCUGCCGAUGAGAUUUGAUGUUCUGCCGUUGUAAAGAAUAUUCUCGUUCUUUGGGCGGCCUUCGUCUUGAUCUUCUUCAGCACUCUAGGUUA